AUGAUCAAAACUGUGAUAUGUUUCUUAUUUGUUCAUUUAGGAAAUCCUGAUGCUGCAGAGUUUCGCCAAAAACACAAGACUCGCCUAAAGAGGAAGUUCCAGUGUGUGUUUGAGGGGAUCGCUAAAGCAGGAAACCCAACCCUUCUGAAUCAGAUCUACACAGAGCUCUACAUCACAGAGGGAGGGACUUCAGAUGUGAAUGAUGAACAUGAGGUCAGACAGAUUGAAACAGCAUCCAGGAAACCAAACAGACCAGAAACGAUAAUCAGACAAGAAGACAUCUUUACAGUCUCACCUGGAAGAGAUGAACCAAUCAGAACAGUGCUGACAAAGGGAGUGGCUGGCAUUGGGAAAACAGUCCUAACACAGAAGUUCACUUUGGACUGGGCUGAAGACAAAGCCAACCAGGACAUCAAGUUCAUGUUUCCAUUCACUUUCAGAGAGUUGAAUGUGCUGAAAAAGGAAAAGUUCAGCUUGGUGGAACUUGUUCAUCACUUCUUUACUGAAACCAAAGAAGCAGGAAUCUGGAGCUUUGAAGACUUCCAGGUUGUGUUCAUCUUUGAUGGUCUGGAUGAGUGUCGACUUCCUCUGGACUUCCACAAAACUACAAUUUUGACUGAUGUUACAGAGUCCACCUCAGUGGAUGUGCUGCUGAUAAACCUCAUCAGGGGGAAACUGCUUCCUUCUGCCCGCAUCUGGAUAACCACACGACCUGCAGCGGCCAAUCAGAUCCCUCCUUCAUGUGUUGACAUGGUGACAGAGGUCAGAGGGUUCACUAACACACAGAAGGAGGAGUAUUUCAGGAAGAGAUUCAGAGAUAAGAAGCAGGUAACCAAGAUCUUCUCCCACAUCAAGUCAUCACGAAGCCUCCACAUCAUGUGCCACAUCCUAGUCUUCUGCUGGAUCACUGCUACAGUUCUGGAGGAUGUGCUGAAAACCAGUGAGGAAGGUGAGUUGCCCAAGACCCUGACUGAGAUGUACAUCCACUUCCUGGUGCUUCAAACCAAAGUGAAGAUGGUCAAGUAUGAUGGAGGAGCUGAGACAGAUCCACACUGGAGUCUAGAGAGCAGGAAGAUUAUUGAAUCUCUGGGAAAACUGGCUUUUGAUCAGCUGCAGAAAGGAAAUCUGAUCUUCUAUGAAUCAGACCUGACAGAGUGUGGUAUUGACAUCAGAGCAGCCUCAUUGUACUCAGGAGUGUUCACACAGAUCUUUAAAGAGGAGAGAGGACUGUACCAGGACAAGGCAUUCUGCUUCAUCCAUCUGAGUGUUCAGGAGUUUCUGGCUGCUCUUCAUGUCCAUCUGACCUUCAUCAACUCUGGAGUCAACCUGCUGGAAGAUCAACAGGCAACAUCUUAUUUGCCUGAAGUGUUUACAGAAAUACAUGAACUAAAAUAUCUCUACCAGAGUGCUGUGGAUAAGGCCUUGGAGAGUCCAAAUGGACACCUGGACUUGUUCCUCCGCUUCCUCCUGGGUCUUUCACUGCAGACCAAUCAGACUCUCCUACGAGGCUUGCUGACACAGACGGGAAGUAACUCACAGGACACAGCCCAGUACAUCAAGAAGAUGAUCAGUGAGAAUCUUUCUGCAGAGAAAAGCAUUAAUCUGUUCCAUUGUCUGAAUGAACUGAAGGAUCGUUCUCUAGUGGAGGAGAUCCAACAGUCCAUAAGAUAUGGUAGUCUUUCUACAAAUGAACUGUCUCCAUCUCAGUGGUCAGCUGUGGUCUUCAUCUUACUGUCAUCAGAAGAAGAUCUGGAUGGAUUUGACCUGAAAAAAUACUCUUCUUCAGAGGAGGCUCUUCUGAGGCUGCUGCCAGUGGUCAAAGCCUCCAACAAAGCUCUGCUCAGCUGUUGUAAUCUCUCAGAAAGAAGCUGUAAAGCUUUGUCAUCAGUUCUCCGCUCCCAGUCCUGUAGGCUGACUGAGCUAGACCUGAGUAACAACAAACUGCAGGAUUUAGGAGCGAAGCAGCUGUGUACUGGGCUGGAAAAUCCACAUUGCAAACUGAAAAUUCUCAGGCUCUCAGGUUGUAUGAUCACAGCGGAAGGUUGUGUUGCUUUGGCCUCAGCUAUGAGGGGCAACCCCUACCAUCUGACAGAGUUGGACCUGAGCUACAACCAUCUAGGAGACUUUGGAGUGAGGCUGCUAUCAGCUAGACUGAGAGACCCGCUCUCCACACUUGAAACUCUCAGGGUGGACCAUAGUGGUGAACAGUGGUUAAAACCUGGUCUGAGGAAGUGUAAGUUUGACUAA